CUUUUUAUUCUUCUAAAAUAUUGGUUGAUUCGAUUGUCUUAGCAUGGACCAGCUAUAACCGAGUUAGGGCAUCUGAGUUGACUCAGGCAAUUCUCUAAUCGAAAGAUGACGUAUUCAAGGGAAGGAAAGUCAGUUUCACCGGGAAGAGAACGUCGGUUAAGGUCACUGUCAAGGUCUCGAAGGAGUCACUCCAGGUCUAGGAGUCGUGACUCUCAGGAUGUAGCCAAUCCUGGAAAUAACUUAUAUGUAACUGGCUUAUCCACAAGGAUUACUACUGGUGAUCUUGAGAAGUAUUUUGGCAAUGAAGGAAAGGUUGUGGAGUGCCAUCUUGUUACAGAUCCUCGCACCAGAGAUUCUCGUGGAUUUGCUUUUGUGACCAUGGAAACUGUUGAGGAUGCAGACCGCUGCAUCAAGUAUUUGAAUCGUUCAAUUCUUGAAGGUCGAUUAAUCACUGUGGAAAAGGCAAAAAGGUCCCGAGGAAGAACACCGACUCCUGGGAGGUAUCAGGGGUUUCGAGACGGAAGAGGACAAGGUCGCAGACGUUCUCGUAGCUACUCACCUCGACGAUCUGAUAGAGAUUAUUAUCCGAGGGGUAGGCAAGGAAGAUCACGUUCUCAUUCUCCAUAUGGUAGGAGAAAAGAUUAUUCUGACUCGUAUAGGAGGCGCAGAGAGCGCUCCAUGUCUGGUGGUGGUGGUGGAUAUCGUAGAUGAGAGAAAAUCAUUCUCAUAUUAAGUGAUCUUGCCAUCUCACUUAUUUAGUAAGUAGUUCAUUGGAUAAACGAAUGUGGGAUCAUUAUAAUUACUGCCCUUUAUCUCAUCUCUCUUGAAUAUUUGUAUUAUGAUGUAACCAAAACAUUGUAUGACAUUAACUUGUAUUUGUUUUCGCAAUUAUCUAUGAUGAUGAUUGGUGAAGAAUGAACCCAGAAACAUUUGGGAAAUGCUGCAAUUGUCAAGAGAUGAAGAUAUAUUAGGGUA